UUAAAGAAAAGUGUGAUGAAGUAGAGAUAGUGUAUCUUCUAGUGGGCAGUGGGCGUACUAUUUCUAUUUGCAACCACAUUUUCACUACUCAGUAAAUUUGCAUGCUUUGCUAAUUACACCAUUUCAUCUCUCAAUUUAAGGAGGAAUCAAGCUAAUUAGGGGUAGUUUCUAGUAGGUUCUUCUGUUAGAUGCCUACUUUCUAAGUUGUACGUUGAAGCUUUAUAUUUCAUGUAAUCAUCUAGACUUCUCGUCAUGGGUGGUUCUGUUCAUAUGCAAGGUGCUCAACUGCUAAAGCCCCUAAUUAAGGGUUUUAAUAUCUUUUUGAGGAUCUUUCUCGAGCCGAGUGACUCUUUGGCUGCAUCAUCCUUCAUAUCUCUUCAUGGAUAUGGGUUGUCGCCUUCCUUUCCUCCCCUAUCGGCGGGAUACAAUGAUUAGCCGAGUGUUCACCAUACAAUCGCGUAAUAUGGAUGACAAUCUGGUGGCGUGUGCUCAGUGUUCUCAUUUAUGUAUGUCACUCCAUAAAACGAAGCAUGAUACUGCCCCAAUAGUUUCCUCAUUCUUCAAAGUUAUGUUAGGCAACGAUUUUUCUGACGUGCUGUAUGUGCCUCCUCGUUUUGCUAAAACUAUCACGGAAAUGGAAGGUGAACGCACCUAUCUCGAGGAUUCAACAGGCCAGAAAUGGAAAGUGAAUCUUUCUAAAGUAAACGGCUCUCUUGCGUUCCAAAAGGGGUGGCGUGAAUUUUCUUCGAGUCAUGGUAUUAAACUAGGUGAAUUUCUGAUAUUCAAUUAUAUCAAGGGAUCACAUUUUAACGUUCAAAUAUUUGGUAGAAGCGGGUGUGAGAAACGAAUAAUUUUCCAUGAAAAUGAUCAUCCGAAGAAUAGAGCUAAAGUUGCCACAAAUUUAUUUCCUAAAAGUUUUCGUCUUGAUUCUUCUAACAAAGAGUGCACAUGCCCUUUAACGGAUUCUGUGCAUGAUGAUGUUCCUGUGAGCUUAUCGAACUUAUCGAAGGAUAUUAGAGUAGAUGUUCCAAAACAAGGGAAUAGUAACAAACGUCCUAAAGUCGUUCCUACAACAGAUAUUCUGGUCGAUUCAUACUUCAUGACCGAUAGAAACACAAGCUUGGCUAAAGAAGAUGCCAAAAGCAAUCUAUUUGAUCUGUCGGUUUUAGAGAUGUCUAAAACGAACAUAGCUGCUAACGGAGAAACAACUUUUUCCCAUGAAAACGAUGGAAACAAUCUUUCGGUUCCACUCACCUUCAAGAAGACUGACGUGAAACUCAAUCUAAAGCAUACUAAAAAACUCCAAUUAGUAAGGAGCACUUAUACUCGAGUGUCCAAAGAAUUGUGCGGAAAGCCUUCGACCCUGAUUGCACCCGUGCAAACGGCAAGGAAAUAUGAUAAAAUCACGCCUUCAUAUCCAUCAGGUUAUUGUCAGCCGGAAGGUCUAACAAAUAGAAUAGUUAAGAAAGAACCAAGAAAGAAUGAAGAUGACCUUUUUGGUGCCAAUUUUUCCUCUUUUAAUGAGAAUGCCAUGAGCAACCAUGGAUACGGUGAUGUGAAUUUAGGUCCACUGGAUGAUGAUGUUAAGAUUAUCGGUAUUGUGAAGCCAGAACCUAUCGAUUUAUGCAAUGAUACACCUCUGUCGUUCAGCAGGAUUACAUGCUCGGUACCCCAAGACAAUGAAUCCUUCCUUGUGUUGCCAGAGGCUUUGCCGAUGAAAGGGAGGCAAUAUAUGAAAUCAAAGGGAAAGCUUGUCUUUCUUCGGAAUUCUAUUGGUAAGGAUUGGCCUGUUGUUUACCAUGACCGGUACAGUCGACAGGUUUUGGCUUGCGGGUGGGAAGCAUUCAAGCAAGCAAACAACAUUCAUGCUGGCGAUGAGUGUUCUUUCGAGGUUGAUGACAUACAAAAGAGAAUAUUCUGUGUUCGGGUUUUGAAUCGUUAAGCCGCUCACUUUUACAUUCAUAAUCACAUUCAAGUUCAACUUGGGAGGCUUUAAUCGAAACUUUUAAUAGGAGCUAAAACAUGGGUAAAUCGAAAAAAAAUGUAGUACUUUUGUACGUCAAACAAUCCUUAUUUUGCCAAAGAAUCGAGUUCAACACUCCCAAAUAUUAAUUGUCUACUAAUUAGAUUAGUUGGAAAUGGUUUUCUUGUUUAUAUAAAAAUGAUGUAUUGGAUUGCAAAACUAGUUUUCUUUUUUGUGGCGAUGCCCGCGAAUCCUACUCGGACUCUUUAUGUUACCCUUUCUUGUCUUCUCU